AUGGAUUUAUUAUUAAAACUUGUGAAAGUAAAAAAUAGUGUUAAUGUUGAUGGCUUAAGAAAACUUUAUAAUGAUAUAGAAGCAAGUGUUCGAAAUUUGAAAUCAUUAAAAGUCAAACAUAAAUAUACUGAUCACAGUGUUUAUAUGGAAGCUUUAUGUUUACCUGUUAUUUGUAGCCCUCUGCAAGGGCGAAACUUUUAUUACUGGAAGAAUCGUAAGAAGUCAAUAGGUGGUCUAGUAGCUAGUAAAUCAAUCUUUGGGUGGGUAUUAAGUAGUCCUAUUUCUCUGGAAAAAAGUACAAAAAAUACCACAAAAACAGUUUUUACUAGUCAAUCUAUGCACUGUAAGAUUGAGAGUGAAAUAGAUGAGCUUAAGAAAGAUCUAAAUAAAUUUUGGUCUGUUGAAACCAUAGAAUCUCCUGAAAGUUGUGUGAUGUAUCAGUUUGAAAGAGAUCUCAUACAUAACGGGGAACGAUAUAUAACAAAGUUAUCAUUCAAAACUGAUCAUGAUUUUUUACCUGAAAAAGUUAGUGAGUCUGAUAUAUUUAAAGAACCAGGGUGUGUGCAUUAUUUGCCUCAUAAGCCUGUUAUUCGAAGAGAUAAGGAUACUACAAAAAUUAGAGCUGUUUUUUAUGCGUCCUAUUCGACAACAGGACCGUCUUUAAACGAUUGCUUGAAUUCAGGUCCGAAUUUAUUACCAAAAAUAUUUGAUAUUUUACUAAAAUUUAGGUUUAAUGCUAUAGGGAUAAUUGCUGAUAUAAAACAAGCAUUCUUAAACAUUGAAAUCUCUCCUGAACACAGAGAUUACUUAAGCAGUCCUUUUCUUUUAAAUGCCACUUUAAAACACCAUCUUAAUAAAUGCAUUAAACACGGAAUUGAGUGGGAUAUAUUAAAAGAUGAAUUUGUUUUUGAGUUUGAAGAACUUGUUAAAAAUGCAAGAAUGCUAAAAUUUACUAAAAGAAAUAUUCUUAAGAUGGCAGCAUCUUUCUUUGAUCCUCUAAAUAUUUUAACACCAAUAACUUCAAGAGUAAAAACAAUUUUUCAAUUAAUUUGUAGAAAUAAAAGUGGAUGGGAUGAAAUAGUAACAGAAGCAAUAGAAUUAGCUUUGACAGAUUUUUUAAAGGAUCUUGAAUUAUUAAGUUUUGUUAAAAUUCCAAGAUUUGUGUUUAAGAGAGUUAAUGAGAGUAGUAAGCGUGUUCAAUUGCAUGGAUUUUGUGACAGUUCUAAAUUAAUUUAUUGUGCUGUUAUAUAUUUAGUUGUAGAAACUAGUUUAGGAUUGAAUAGGGAGUUUUUAGUUUCAAAGUCACGUGUUUCACCCUUAAAAGAAUUAAGUAUACCUAGAUUAGAGUUAUUAGAAGUGGCAUUGUAUUGGAUUAAGGGUAAGGAAAGAACGUGGAAACCAUGGGUGGAGAAUAGAGUGAAUGCCAUUAGAAAAGUGGUUGAUAGAGAAAACUGGAAUCAUAUUAGUGGGGAGUUGAACCCAGCUGAUUUUCCUUCUCGAAUAAGUAAUUUUAUUGAUUUUGGACAUUGGUUAAAAAGACCAGAAGUUUUGUUAAAUAUAAAUAAAGAGAAAAAUGAAUUUAAGUAG